AUGUCCGUUCCUGAAUCCCUCAAGUCGGACAAGUCCGUGGCGCCAUUCAUGGCUAGAGCCCGUGAGCUUGCUGAUGUCAACCCAGUGAUAUCCUACUAUUGCCGUCUUUAUGUGCUUGAGUAUAUUCUCUCCAAUAAGCUUCAUACCACCAGCCUGGAAGUGGGUGAGUUCACUGUGAGUCUCUUGGAUGAAACUGAAGCGAUCAAGAACUCAGAAGAUGAAAGUAUUCGGAAAGUGUUGAAUGACAAAAUGCUUCUGAUUAGUGCGGUGGUGACUUUUGCCUACAAACUUUACAAUUCAUGUCUUUCAGGACUCACCACCUACGAUGCCACCAAGAAGAGUGCUACCGUUGCGAGAAUGAGAGCAGCUUUGAAUUUCAUGACGUUGGUGGGCAUGUUUGGUGAUGACGGAGGCAUUGAUUUUGGGCAAUUGACGGCGGGCCGAGCAACCACCAAUGCCGAGUUUUUCAAGCUCCACAACGAGAAGGUCAAGACCCUCAAGUACCAGUUGACGAGAGUGAUGAGAGAUGAAGUUGGUGGGGAGGGUGAAGAAGAUGAUGAGGAAUUGGAGAGGGAGUUGAAGAUGAUGAGUGAAAAAGACGGAGAGGACGAAAAUGAGGAAAAGGAUGAACAUGACGAUAAUGACCUCAAUGACCUCAAUGCGAAGGAGACACAAGUGCCAGAGAAUGACCCUGAGGGUCCCAACUCUACUGUGUUUGAUCUUCCCGAUGCUUCUUCCGAACCACCUUCCGUAUCUUCACCACCCGCUUCACCCUCAGCUUCUCCAUCCUCUUCCUCUCCCAAGCUUCCUGGUGCUCCUCACUUUUCCCCAGAGGACGACAGCAACCUUAGACUUCCCGGUGCUCCCACUUAUCUUCCUACCGACGACCUUUCCCAUGUCAACAAAGACUCGCCUAUCCACAUGUUUACACCAGAAGACGCCAAGAACGAGGAAGAAGCCAAAUCCGCCAAGCCUGCGCCCAAACCAGAAAAACCGAGGGGCUGUCGCAAAACAAAAGGCGCCGGUCACCAAGGAAACCAUUAA